GAGGCCUCUGGGGGAGGCCUACCUGGAAUGGAGUCGGGUGAUGGCGUGGCUCCCGAGGAGAACGAGGCGGUCUGCUAGCUGUCCCACCCUUCCCCGCACUCCCUUCACUCGUCGCCGCGACCGCAUAAGGAAAUGGGGGUUGAGGGUGUGGGCCGCCAGUGGAAAAUGUAGCCCCCUCGGAUGACCCACAUGCUACAGUUCUAGUUCGUUACCCCACUGAGCGCUUAUUAAGUGCAGUGUAGUUCAGGUUCCGGGGAUGCAGCAAUCAGUGAGACAGCCGCAGGGAACUUUCAGCCCAAUGGGGAAGUGGAUAUUAAUAAAUUCUGAUCAUACCUCUGCCCCUGCUCAUAAUGACCCCAUUGAUUUUGGGCAGAAGCACGUUCCGAAUAUUCACGGGCCCUCUUGGCUUGGCGUCGCGCAGCUUCUUCAUCCUCGGCCUUGCAGCCCACUCCCCUUCCCCUGUUACAGGCUCCUUGGCCUUGUAAAACGUGGUUCUUCGUUCAGUAUGUCCCCCUGCCCCCGCCGCCGCUGUUGUGGGCUAGUUAAUUCCACUUCUCAAGUCUUCCUCGGUUAGGGCAUUCCCCCUGCUUUCAGUAGCACUGUUGACAUCAUCAUGGGGUUGCAGACCACCAUAUACCUUAGCACUUAACACAGUUGUAACCUCACACUUAUUUUAGUGCAAGUCACACAAGAACAAGAAGUUUCUUUCCUGUGUUUGAAUCCCUAGUGCUAACCAAAUUCCCGUGCACAGAGUCUACCUCAGUAAACAUUGACGGAGAGGGCAAGCAAAUAUAUUUGUAAUUGCAGUGUAAGAUACUUGAUAUAAGAAAAGGAUACAUGUCCAGCAGAUCUGACUUAAUUUGGAUCUUCCAGGAUAUGACUUUCCAAUUGAGAUCUGAAGCUGUGAAAGGAGUUGUUAACAGCCCCUGCCCUUCAUUGAGAGGGAGCUCUGGUGAUGGCAGCCAUGCGCCUGAAGACCUGGCGCCAGGAGGUGGUGACCUUCGAGGAUUGGCUAUCUACUUCACCUGGACAGAAUGGGCUGGCCUUUCUUCUGCACAAAGGGACCUGUACAGGGAAGUGAUGCUGACAAAUUAUGGGAACUUAACUUCCCUGGGAUACCCUGUUUGCAGACUUGCCCUGAUGUCACUUCUGGAGGAAGGGGAUUUGUCUUGGGGCCUGGAGACACAGGAUGAUCCACCUGCAGAGAGUACCAAUGAUGUCUGUCAAGAUACUGAGACCAACAUUAACAGUGAGUCCACAUCAACACAGGGAAUUUCUGAAGAAAGAGAUGUCAUGUUGUCACAUGGUUUGCAGAAGAGUGUUCUUCAGGGAACCAACUUGCUAGAAACCAGUGAACUGGAGAAACACCAGGAAAUCUCCACAGUAAAAAAUAUUAAAGGAAAGGCUUCAAGAAUCCACUGUGCAAGGAAACCCUUCAUAUGUGAGGAGUGUGGGAAAUGCUUCAGUUAUUUUUCUUACUUUGUUAGACACCAGAGAAUUCACACCGGGGAGAAACCCUUUGAGUGUAAUGAGUGUGGAAAAGCCUUUAAUGGCAAUUCUUCAUUAAUCCGGCACCAGAGAAUCCACACUGGAGAGAAACCCUAUCAGUGUGAAGAAUGUGGAAGAGCCUUUAAUGAUAAUGCAAAUCUGAUCAGGCAUCAGAGAAUCCACAGUGGAGACAGACCCUAUCUCUGUGGAGAGUGUGGAAAUAGUUUUACCAGUAGUUCUGAGUUCGUUAUACAUCAGAGAAUCCACACUGGGGAGAAACCUUAUGAGUGUAAUGAGUGUGGGAAAGCUUUUGUUGGUAAUUCACCACUGCUUCGACAUCAAAAAAUCCACACUGGAGAGAAACCCUAUGAAUGUAAUGAAUGUGGCAAAAGCUUUGGAAGGACUUCUCAUCUUAGCCAACAUCAACGUAUUCACACAGGGGAAAAGCCUUAUUCUUGUAAAAUAUGUGGGCAGGCCUUCAAUUUUCAUACGAAACUAACUCGGCACCAGAGAGUCCACAGUGUAGAGAAACGCUUUGACUGUGUAGAUUGUGGAAAAGGCUUUAGUGCUCAGGAACUAUUAAAAAGGCAUCUAAGGAUCCAUGUUCAGGAGUCUUCCUCUUUAUGUGCUGAGUGUGGAAAAGUCUUCACUAGCAAAAGAAAUCUUCUUCAGCAUCAAAGAAUCCAUACUGGCCAGAAACCCUAUGAGUGUGUCAAGUAUGAAAAAACCUUUAGGACUUCUUCCAAGCUAGGUCAUCAUGAACAUGUCUACCCCGGAGAGAAACCUGUCCUGGACAUUUGUCAUUUUGGCCUCCCAGAAUUUUUCACCCCCUUUUACUGGUAAUAGUACACUAAAUUUCCUUUUGGAUUUCAUCUUACACUCCAGUGGGUUGUGUGACACAGGCCUAGCCACAGAUUCCUUCCCCUAAGCUAUAGUUAUUGGUUCAGAUGUCAGUAGUUCACCCACAAUGGUCCAAUUAGAGCCCCAGGACUUGGUAAGAAUUAAUAGGAAGAAAUGCUCUUCUUUUUUUCCUUAGUCUUACAGCGGAGAGGAAGUCUUAGAUUCUUGUGGAGACAGAAUAAAAUUAACAGAGUCAAAGAGGAAUCAGAGUUGAAGAGCAAUCACCCUGGAAUCUUCUGUUAGAACAACUGCGUUAAAUCAUAUCUGAAGCCAGAAAUACAUCUGGGUUUUUUGAUUCCAGUAACCAAUACAUUUAGCUUUGUUUUUGU